AUGUGGCUUACCUAUGUUGCGCCAAUGAUUCAAAAUGGUGAGAAAAUUGUUGAAUUACAACAAGCUGAAAUUGAAAAGAAAACUGAGAAGUGGAAGAUGGCAGUUAUUUUGUAUGCGGUUGGAGAUACACCGAGUAUUGGAGCUAUAGAGCGAUUCAUUGCCUCGCAAUGGAACUUUGUCGCUAAGCCGAAAGUGUAUUACCAUAAUGAUGGUUUCUUUGUGGUGAAAUUCAGAAGUGUAGAAGAGAGUAAUGAAGUGCUAUACUCAGGCCCUUGCACAAUCAAUAGUAAAUCGGUAAUUACCAAGGUUUGGACCCCUGAUUUUGAUUUCAAAGAAGAGGGAAUGGAUUCAGUAAGUCGUAUAGGAAGUGGGCUAGGGAAUCCAAUCUAUGUUAAUGAGUGUACAACUAAAGUAAAGAGGAUCUCUUAUGCCAGAAUUCUCGUGGAAAUGGACAUCACUAGGCCAUUGCCUACAAAAAUAAUAGUUAAAGACCUAAAUGGACAGUUCGAGCAAGCAAUUACCUAUGAUUGGAAGCCUGUGUACUGUAGCACCUAUUUACAAUUGGGCCACAUUUGUCAAGCCAAGCCACCACAACAAUAA